GUAGGCGCUCUAGCAGAAGUGCAAAUAACGGUGACACCAGUCGUAAAUCUUGGACAAGACGAACUGAGCGUUGGAUGUCGUUACGUCACAAACGACUCUGCCGUAAGUGACGUGAAUUCCAUUCAAAUAUAUCGUAACACUUCGGCGGUGCUCGGUUCAGAAGCCUCAAAGACAGUUUCCAUUGUUUAUGACAGAGGUUCAAAUAUGGGUCUAAUAUCAUGGCAGGACCCAGGGGUACAGGACAGGGCCAACGUUUCAGGAAAUGUUGACUCUCCAGAGUCGUCUCUUCUCCAUCUACAGAUUCCCGCUAAUAACGUUCUCUGCGAUGACAGCGCCCUCUAUCGAUGCACGUUUUCGGUGACAAGAUCGGGAACACCUCUUGUCGAAUUUAUGGAUGCUGUCAUUACUACAAGAGAAGGCCCAGGAGAUAUUUUAUUUUCAAAAUCAUCAUCAACACCAGAACUAUUUUCGAAUGUCACCCUAAGUUUAUACCCAGCAAAUACUACAGUUAACCUCAUAUGCAACGCAACGAUUGGUUCGCAACCAGAAUCCAUGCAACUUUGUUUCAAUGAUGGUUCGGAAAACAAUGGGUUUAUUCCAUUCAACAUGUCCAGCAUUAUCGACUCCGGUGUUAUUUCAAGUGGAAAAUGUAACAACCACCGAGUAUUUUCCUUCGAAUAUCAUUUGGGAACAAAUGACACCGCCACCUUUCUUUGUCUUGUUGGAAGCAACGCAACUUGUGCAUUGGGAAUUGUGGCGGAAACCUACACAGUCUCAUCUGAGCAAACAACUAGCGAGAGCACAGUCACCCCGAUUAGUACUACACAAGACGGGACUUUGUUUACAACCAUAGAACCGGAAACAGAUAGCGCAGCCUCGUUCACGUCCACAGAGCCGGAAACAGAGAGCGAAGCCUCGUUCACAUCAAUAGAACCGGGAACAGAUAGCGAGGCCUCGUUCACGUCCACAGAGCCGGAAACAGAGAGCGAAGCCUCGUUCGGUACAACUGAACCGGAUGCAGGAAAUGGUACUACCUUUGCAACCACAGAAUCCGAGACAGAGAAUGACACUUUGCUCACUACCAUUAAACCCGAUACCGACAAUGAAACUUCGUUUACAACUGAAACUAAUACAGAAAGUGACGUUUUAUUCACAAGCAGAGAGACCGACACAGACAGUUAUCAGACCGGAAUGCCAUCCACAGUCACACAACCAGAUAUGAUGUAUAACGGAACUUCCACCAACAGCGAACUGGUAUCCAAUGUGACCGAGCCGAAUUUUCCUGAGAAUGGGGUGUCAACAACAACGAACGCAGGAUUUGCAACGGUUACAGAAACCUCUUCCACGUUCACGGAAAACACACCGACAAACGAUAUCAAUACCACCUCCUCCACACCUAUUGUUACCGAAAACAGCACAGCUCACACAACCGCUACUGCCGAUUUCUCCAACCCUUCCCAAGCACCUGUUACAACUGAUUCUUUUUCUACGCUUACAGACUUAGGUUUCACAGAGGAAGCAACACAAACUGCAAUGGCCAGCACAACCCAACCAAGCGUCACUGCGACAGAAACAAGUUCCGGUGGUGUAAGUGAUGACAUUUUGACGUCUCUGCCUAGCAACACAGUUACAAUUCCUCCCAACAGUACUACAGAUGUCAGUGAUACCAGCACAGGUCCGUCACAGGAAGUAUCGUCCACGUCCUCCACCACUUUUUCUGCUUCACUGAGCACGACACUCUCCUCCACUACCCGUGUCUCUGAUUCUCCUGGAACGUCCUCUGGUGUGGCAUCUACGGAAACCUCCAGCAUCCAACAACAAUCUCGAUCCUCAGCACCGGAUUCUAAUGCUUAUCUACUGGUGGUCGUUCUGCUUUUAUUGAAGAAUUACACAGCUACAAGUACUUAAUAUCGGUGUCCUAACAAUGUGAUUAAAAACACCGCGUCAAAAUGAAAUGGAAAACUAUAUUUUACCAGCUUUGAGAAAUGGGACGCUUUUAAAUCCCUUAUAUACCAAACUGGAAAGGGUUUAUGAAUUUCUAUAUUUGAGAUUUGUAUUGUUAUUACAUUUAAUUAUUUAUGCAACGCUUUACGC